AUGUCAACUGGACAAAAGGAAAUGGGUACAGGGAGCAUUGCUGUAGAAGAGUGUAUUUUCAAAAGAAAUAAUUCCAGAUUGAUGGAUGAAAUUUUAAAACAACAGCAGGAACUUCUGGGCUUAGAUUGUUCCAAAUACUCAACAGAGUUUGCAAAUAGUAAUGACAAAGAUGAUCAAGUUUUAAAUUGCCAAGUGGCAGUGAAGGUCCUGUCCCCAGAAGAUGGAAAAGCAGAUAUUGUACGAGCUGCUCAGGAAUUCUGCCAGUUAGUAGCCCAGCAGCAAAGUAAAUCCACAGAUUUGGAUGUGCAGAUGUUAGACAGUUUACUUAGUUCAAAUGGUUUUCCUGAUCCUGAUGUAGUACUGAAGUUUGGGCCUGUGGAGAGCACUUUAGGCUACCUUCCCUGGCACAUCAGAUUGACUGAGAUUAUUUCCUUGCCUUCCCACCUAAACAUCAGCUAUGAGGACUUUUUCUCUGCCCUUCGUCAGUAUGCAGCGUGUGAACAGCGUCUGGGAAAGUAGUGAUCCCUGGCUGCAUAAUUUGGUUUCAGGCUUUUGGAGAAAAGGACCUAAGUGAUUCUGAUGUUUACAAAGCAACUAUGAAACCCUGUACACACCUAGUUUAUAACCCUCAUAAUUUAUCAACAAACACAAAAAAGUGUCUUACUUGAGAGUAAGUGUGCGUGUGUGCGUGUGUGCGUGCGUGUGUGCAUGCGUGUGUGUGUGUGUGUGUGUAUGGAAAUAAAUUUAUAAAUGGGAAGUGUUAGAGAAGGAAACACGUGGACUUGCACCUCUGAGCAAGCAGCAGUAAUGUUAUAGGAGCUGAAAUUUCAGUUUUAAAGCCUUCAGCCCCAACUCUUUCCCUGUUUUUGUAGGGACAGGAGUGGAUGUUUAGAGCUGUUAGAUUAUUAU